AUGGCAACAGUGGACAGCCUCAUCCCGCCUCCUCCUCUGCACAUCUCUGAAUCAAAAAGUUGGGGAGGGCGAGUGACGCUGGUGCACAGCGUGAAGAGAGUCACAUGCAAACCCCAAAAACAGAAAACAUCUUGUGACAGUGAAACCCGAGAGCAAAGAUCAGCUCAAAACAGUCCCUGUGUUUUGCUCCUGCUCAGCUCUGCACAUGCUGCCUUUGUUUACACGCUGCUCCUUCCUGAAAGAGGAGGGACCUCCAGCCGGCAUGCCCGAGUUGCUUUGGAAACAGUGCCUGUACAGUAA